AAGACACUAAAUAGAGCCCAGGCCCAGAGCAAAGGGCUGCUGGUUCUUCUUCUUCUUCAUCUUCUUCUAGCCACAAACUCCUUCACCGCUCUGGCCUGAAAAAAAUGGAAUGUGCUCUCGGGUUCACAAGCACCUCUCCGCUUCCUCUGAGUCCAUCGGCGUUCUCGCCUCAGUUCCCUACAAAGCUCAGAUUAUCGAGAUUUGUGAAGCAUUCAAGCUCGGGAGAGUAUCGUAAUCGUAAUCUGGUGAAAUUCAAGGCUUGUGGGUCGGACGAAAAUCUUUAUCUUAAUGGACUUCCUAUCACUCCCAACAAGAUUUUCAUGGAAGAGGCAAUUGGAGCUGAAUACGGAGAAGGGUUUGAGACUUUCAGACCAGAUGGACCCCUGAAAAUCGAUGUGGAUUUUCUGAAUGAUAGAUUACAAGAGGGUUUUCUUCAACGAAUCCGCUAUGCUAUGAAACCUGAUGAAGCAUAUGGGCUUAUAUUCUCUUGGGACAAUGUGGUGGCAGAUACUCGAACAUUGAAGCUGAAUGCUUGGAAACAACUUGCAUCUGAAGAAGGUAAGGAGAUUCCUGAAGGUAGCACUGUGCAAAGACUUUUGCUUUAUGCUGAUGCUGAGCAUGUUCUGCAUAAGGUUUUGCCAUGGGGGGAGGCAGAAAGAGAACUGGAUAGACUGAAGUUGAGGCUUUCAGAAAUAUAUUAUGACAAUCUUCUAAAACUCUCAGAACCUGUGGAGGGCCUAAAGGAAUGGUUAGAUGCAGUAUCUACCGCUCGCAUUCCUUGCGCCGCUGUUUCAAGUUUUGAUCGAAAAAAUGUGGUUGAAGCCUUAGAGCGAAUGGGACUCAAGAAGUAUUUCCAGGCAAUUGUGACCGAAGAAGACGGUAUGGAGUCCAUUGCUCAUAGAUUUCUCUCCGCUUCGGUGAAGUUGGACCGAAAACCAUCCAAGUGUGUUGUGUUUGAGGAUGACCCAAGAGCCAUUACCGCUGCUCACAACUGUACAAUGAUGGCGAUAGCAUUGAUUGGUGCUCACCCAGCGUAUGAUUUAGAGCAGGCUGACCUCGCAGUUGCUAGCUUUAAUGAGCUGUCUGUAAUCAACCUCCGAAGAUUAUUUUCUCAAAAGGGCUUCACUUUCAUGGAGCUGCAAAAGCAGAUAAUAGAGAAAGCUCCUCGCAGAAGGAAGCUUACCAUUGAUACCAUUUUCUGAUCCAUUUCCUUUCUGUAUACAGUAUACUCCUCCCUCAUUCUAUUAUUUGCAUUGUAAAGUUGUGAUUAAGGAGCUUAGGCAUCUCAUUAAUUUUAGUACUUUCUUUUGUUUCUUUUAUGCCAUUAUUUUUUUUCCCACUUGUGUAUAUGAAAUUUGCUACAGAAAAAUGAAUAAAAAUUACUCUCUCG